AUGCUCAAAGCACUGGGAGCUCUGUGGUACAUUUUGGCCAUAGAACGAGAGACUACAUGCUGGAAAAAGGCUUGCGCAAAUCACAUUGAAUGUGUCAAUGGAUCAUUUUACUGCAAUGACAGUCUCGGAAACCAUACAUUUAUAAAUGAUUCUUGCCCUAUAAGUACGCCAAAUACCAAACUCUUUGAUUUUGGAAUAUUCCUUGAUGCUUUACAGUCUGGUGUUUUGGAAGUGAGGGGAGGUGAGGAUGUUCUAGCUAAUGUAGGGUUAAAGUAUAAAAGACAAGGUGUUAUAUCAUUUCAGCUUCAUCAAUUUGUUUCGGGCAAAAUCUGCGCACAAGUACCUGUAUUUGGGAGAACUGUUUUGCACUAUUUAUUACCGUCUCCGCAAUAUGCAGUCAUGCAUUCCUUGAGCUUUCGCAAUCUCUGUCAGUGUAUACUGUUAAUGUUCUGUUAUCCGAAGCCAUGCAUAAUUCAUAGUGAAGCAAAAUGUGAGUUUGGAUUAAGUAAGAGUUUUGGUGUAGACUCUAAAAAGCAUGGACUCUUUUUCUUGAUGGCAAUAAUAAUCCAGAAUUUGCUGAACUGUUUCCUUUUUGUGAAACAGAUUUAUCUGCAGUCCAAAACCCUCAAAUUGGAAGAGUUGCGACUAAGAAACCGAGAGAUAGAGCAGUGGAAGUCGUUUAAGAAACUUCCCUAUAAACUCCAACGGCAAAUUAAACAAUAUCAGAGAUACAAAUGGCAAGAAAGCAGAGGUGUUGAUGUGGAGAAUCUUCUAAAAAAUUUUCCCAAGGAAAUCAUAAUGAAUAUCAAGAGUGAACUCUUCUUGAAGCGGCUCACGAAGUCAUUUAACUAUGGUAAGGUGAAACGAUUUAAUUUUCUGGGCGAUCGAGCGUUGAAUGAACUCUGUUACUAUGCGAAGCCUGUGCUCUUCAUUAAGCGCAGUUACAUUACAAAGGAGGGAGACCCAAUCGAUAAAAUGCUAUUUAUUGUGCAAGGAAAACUAAGGACAUAUUCAAGCAGCAAUAAAACAUCAGAGUCUGAUGAUACUGCUUACCUACAAGAUGGUGAUUUCUGUGGAGAAGAACUGCUAGAAGAAUGGCACCCGUUCCAGUCACGGCACUUUCCCAUCUCUAAAAGAAAUAUUCAAGCACUUACUAAAGUGGAAGCGUUUUCUUUAUCUGCUGAUGACUGGAAAAACCUUUGCAUUUGGGAAGUCAGGAAAUUACAAUUUUUCCGUCGCAACCAUCGCCGAAGGAGAGAGUAUGAUCAUCUUCUGGAUAUUAAAAUAGCUGGAGGAGUUGAUAACAUUUCAGCCUCGGGUAACACUAGCAUCGACGCCUCGAGUCCUGAUAAUAGUGCACUUGAAACUAUGCAACUUAUUAAUUCACGCCUGUCAGCUGGAUCACCAAGGCCGGAACCAUUGGCCAUUCGUGAGGAAGAAGAACAGUAG